CUGUGGAAGUAAUUCGAGUCAAGGUAGGUUGCCCGCGCAGACAGUGACAAAACAGUCGAGCUUUUGUCUUCGUGCAGUCGUUCCCAACUUGUCUAGCUGAGAACAGAUCCAAUCGCAGCCAUGACAAAGGACCCAAAUAAGCCAAGAGGAAAGACCUCCUCAUAUGCGUUCUUUGUUGCUACCUGCCGUGAAGAGCACAAAAAGAAGCACCCAGGUGUGAGUGUAGGCUUUGCAGAGUUUUCCAAGAAGUGCUCUGAGAGAUGGAAGACCAUGUCAGCCAAGGAGAAGGUUAAGUUCGAGGAUUUGGCUAAGAACGACAAGGUCCGAUAUGAGAGAGAGAUGAAAACAUACAUCCCCCCUAAAGGUGCUCCAGGCAAAGGCAAGAAGAAAAAGGACCCAAACGCACCCAAAAGGCCACCCUCUGCUUUCUUCGUGUUCUGUUCUGAUCACCGUCCCAGAAUCAAGGAAGAGAAUCCUGGUAUUUCCAUUGGUGACAUUGCCAAGAAGCUUGGAGAGUUUUGGUCUACACAGACUUCCAAGGACAAGGUUCCCUAUGAGGCCAGGGCUGGCAAACUGAAGGAAAAAUAUGAGAAGGAUGUUGCAGCAUACAAAGCCAAAAGUGGCUUGGGGAAGAGUGAUGCUGGCAAGAAGAGUGGCCCAGGCAGGCCCCCUGCCAAGAAGGCAACCCCGGUUGACGAUGAUGAUGACGACGACGAGGACGAAGAUGACGAGGAUGACGACGAUGAUGAUGACGAUGACUAAGCAGUUUAUAUGUUAAAGGAUGUGAAUUUGCGAUGCAUUGUUCAGAUCAAAUUUUGUGUGGAUGAUUCAAACAGUAUAGACUGCUGUCCCUGUUGGUCUGCCUCUGUAGGAUACCAGACCUGUAUUCCUUUUCACAUUCAGGGAUUUAGUUUUUAUUUUGUAACUUAGUCCCCCUAAUUUUUUUAACGUUUUUUCUGCUGAACUCAUUUGUUACAUCUAAAGACCCUCAUUGCUAUCUUAACAGGCAGCUAGAUAUGAAUUUCCUGUGAAAUACAAUGGACUGAAACUCAUGUACAAGUGGAGGACAGCAGCAAAUCGGUAACGUUUUAAAAAAAAAAAAAAAAAAAAAAAGUGUAUUGUUUCUGGAAGCACUGCUUGUUUUCUGUUGGUGGUGCGGUUUUUUCACUGUCAUUUUACUACCAAAAGUUAUCUGUAGUUUGAUUAAAAAUGAGUGAAGCCAUUUUUAAUGUGGAACUUUGAAAACUUUCAUGUAGAACAACUUUUUUUUUUGUAAUAAAAUUUUGUAUAUUAUAA